AGCUUUCUUUUUUUCUCUUCAUGAGUUCGAUUUGCAAUCAACAGCAAACUAUGUCGACUAGCACAAACGUUGCGAGGGCGGAGCGACUUGCGGCCUUUCUCCGCUCGCCUGACAUUCCUGCCUCAUACUACAACAACACGGUCAGUGAAGACAAGCUGCUCACUCUGUCAAGACAGUACGAGACGUUCUAUUGCAAUUUUUUUCCUGACCGCAAACCACUGUUUUUAUACUCUAACAAUGAGUGCAGAAAACAAAAGAUGAUCUGCUCGUUUGUCCGCCCAACUUCUCUCAUAUUCGACAAACUCUUUGAUUUGCAGGGGUGCUGCCAAUUCGUAGCAGAUUACAUCCGUUACGAACCGCUUCACAGUCCGCUGCUUUACGAAGAUGAGGACGACGACACGGUGGAGGGGCUGCCUUCGCAAGUCGUGUCUCCUGCAACCACCCUCAACUGGCAAACAGGUAACUGCAUUGAAAUGAGUCUCGUACUCACUUCUUUCCUCAUCGGGGCUGGUUUUAACGCUUAUGUUGUGAUUGGCACGGCAGCACCCGCGGUGUGCCUCUGUGACCAAAGCGCUUCGUACUGGGAAGGCAGCCUUCCGGUCGAGGUCAAUUCUGACGACGAGGUUGAGGACACCACACCCAAGGGUAAUCCGUAUAUGGCACUCAUUCUCGAAAAUCCAGUGCUGCGGGCCCCCAACGACCCCGACCCAGAAGUGGAGCUUGCAGCAGUGAACGACCGAAACGCUGUAUCGGCCCACGGCAGGAACUCGAAUGCGGCGAAUGCGGAGGGCAGCGCCAUCAAACCGGUUCACUCGUGGGUUCUCGUGCUGCCUGGUGGGCGCAAGUCUGUCUCCGAUCCGGUCUUUGUGGAGCCUUCCACUGGAAAGCUGAUUCCGCUUGCCGCGGUGGACACAGUGUACACCUCUAUCGAGACGCUCUUCAACCACGAGGAGUACUACGUGAACAUGCGACCCAAUGCUCUCGUGAGCUCGCUCGCGCUAAACCUGACGGACGGGAGUCAGUGGGAAAGUUUGUUUUCGCUGGUCGGCGCAGGUGAGGAGGAGUCGGAUAGUAUGACCAACACAUAUUCCACUGCGAGGCGAGCGUACACGAGCGAGCUGACGGCAACAAUUGCCGCUAUGGCGGCGACAACCGCGGCGGAGUCCGGCGACGCCACAAAGGGAAAACGUGUACGCAUUCCCAACUUUUGGUCGAACGAGCUUAUUAUAAGCCAGCAACAGUACGAGACGCGCUUUCCCGAGGGCUUAAAGCAAAUCAGAUACGCCAACGCAAUUGUCCGCCGCUACGCACCCUACUCUCAAAACGAUUUGAGGGUGCAAGAGAUUCUCGUGCCGGACGUCGAAUACACCGGACUGGAAGAGGUCCACAUUUUUUAUGCCCACCGCGCCGACAAAUUGCGCCGCCGCAGCGUCUACCCGUCUGCCGCGACGCCGCCCCGCCCCCAGACGGAGUCGUCAUCCAUCCUGGCUAGUCGCCCUGCCACGUAUGCCUUCGACGCGGCAGGUGAGCCUCGCAAAAUCGUUGAAUGGUACGACAAGGGGCGAACACACGAUACAGCGGUGGAAGGGUUGAGGGAACUGAUCUACGAGCCCGGCAGGCAGCGCACCAUGAAGUUUUAUUGGCGGGCACGCAGCGACGGUCUGUGCUGUCGCACGGAGCUGCUCUACGACAGCAACAAGUUGCGCAAGGUGAAGGAGCUCUACAAGGGACGCAGAGACUUUUUGUGGUACCGCAGCUUCAGCUACGUCCGUCCCUCCACUGUGCGCGAAUUAAGCCUCCACAACUUGGUUGUCCUCGGACCAGGAAAUGUGUCGGCGAUGCGCGACUACCCGCGUCUCGACCCGGCGCGCAUCAGCCAGAAAUUUUUGCGCAACGAGAGCGUCGCCGCGGACACGGAUGUCGCAAAGAUCACGUUUCUUCGCCCGUCGCCUGAGGGGAAAGGCGGGAAUCCGCCUGCGGGCGAAAUGUGGAUUUUUUUCCACUCUUCUCCCGGCAGUCUCCUUCGGCCCUAUCACAUGUUUGCGAAGCCGGGCUCCUCGGUGGAGGAGUACAUCGCCUCCUCCGCUGCACGGAAGCCGGUCGAGCCGCCAGUGAAGGUCGUGACGCUGCCCGGCGAGGCGGCACCCAGCGAGUUGGACCUGUACAACGAACGGAAAUGGUUGAACGCUGUCGAAGCCACGUGCCUGAUGGAGCAGCGCGCCAGGAUGGAUGAGUGCAUGGAUAUCCUCAAGGCUAUCGAGCAGGACCACACCAGCGUGCGGUCAGUGUUGAGUUCGUACGACACCCUGCGGAACCGGCCGAAGGAGACCGAGGCGGAGCGGGCGCGGAGGCUCGCCGAGGCCUUGCGGCGGGAGGAGUCGCGAAAGGACUACCUCGCGCCGUACAUUGCGAAGUUGGAGAUGCCACCUGAUUUUGACGGCAACUACUUGACGAUUCGCCUCUCCAUUGAGCAGGCGAAGCAGGUGCGAGAUGAGGCGCUGCACGAGCUGAAGGAGCGGCUGAUUCAGCGCGGACACAUCAUGCAGAGUCGGAUGGACCGGGAGAAGGAGGAGUUCAACAAGCGGCAGCAGCUCUACAAGAAGACCGUUGAUGCCUCCGCCGUGGAGGGCGACAAGGACACGGAGGAGUUCGCGUUGUACUGCAAGGAGGCGACGUGGAAGAUGAAGGUGCUGGACGAGCGGCUGUCGCAGCACAUCGACCACGCAAGCGACAAGUACAAUCAACUGGCGCAGCGCCUUGCUGAUGACCCACGAUUGGUGGCUCUCUACCACCCCGGGCACUGA